AGGGGUGGGGAGGCAGAAGCGUAUAUAACCCCUACCUCCAGUCAGGUCAGGAGCCAAGGACACGACACUGACCAGCGCUGUUCCUAGGCCGUGCUCCCACUGUUGCCAUCAUGAAAGUGCUUGCAAUGUGUGUACUGCUUGCCACCAUCUGUAGCCUUGAAGGGGCUUUGGUUCGGAGACAGGCAGAAGAGACGAGUCUGCAGAGCAUGUUCAAUCAAUAUUUUCAGACCAUGGCUGACUAUGGCAUGGAUCUGAUGGAGAAGGCCAAGGGCUCCGAGAUUCAUACCCAAGCCAAGGCUUACUUUGAGAAAACACAUGAACAGCUCACACCCAUGGUCAAGCAAGCUGGAACUCAUCUGAUGAACUUCUUAAGCAGUUUAAUGAACCCUGAGAAACCAGAUCCUGCUGCUAAGUGAGGUGUCGGGACCAGUCUUCCUACCCUAGCUGCCCACUGGCCAGCCCUAGAGCCCCUCUCCCUACCUUCUGCCUGCUUUCUCCAAUAAAUGCGGAAGGAGUCAAA